UAUGCUCUGCUGAAGGCUUCCCUGCCGCCUCUCCUGGUCCAUCCCCGUCCCCUCCUCCCCUCUUCCUGCUCCUCCUCCUCCUCCUGCUCUCCGCCGUCCCGUCGCCAGGAUGGACAAGACGCUCUGCAGUCCGCAUCCCGGGACCAACAAAACCAACUCUCCCUCCUCGGAGCUGCGCGGCGGCUCGUCGUCGAGGAAGCCCGGCGGCCGGAGCGGGUCCCACAGCCCCGGCUCUGGCUCUCUGGGCGGCUCGGCCGGAGGAGCUGGAGGCGGCCGGGGCAGCGCGCUGGGGAACAGCAUGAAUCUGCAGCAGCAGCAGCAGCAGCAGCAGCAGCAGCGCAGGAGGCAGCUGGAAGGAGUCCUGAGCAAAUACACCAACCUGAUCCAGGGCUGGCAGAACAGGUACUUCGUGUUGGAUCCGGAGCUCGGCCAGCUGCAGUACUUCGUCAACGAGCAGGGGAAGAGCCAGAAACCUCGAGGCUCUCUGCCACUGAUCGGAGCCUCGGUGACCACCAGCGACGAGGCGCCGCACAUGUUCAUCGUAAACUCUGUCAAUGGAGAGCUGUACAAACUCAGAGCGUCCGACGCCAAGGAGCAGCAGUUCUGGAUCAGCCAGCUCCAGGCUUGUGCCCGACGUCACUCGGACAGCAGUGCCAAGGUGAGGAAGCUGAAGGGCUCGGACGAACACCUGAGCGUGGAGCGAGCCGGAGGAGGCCAGGAGGUGUUGGGCUCCUCGUCUUCCGGUCGGACCCGUAGUUUCUCUCUCCUCCCCCACCUAACCCCAUCUUCAUCCCCGGCCUCCCAGAGGCACCUGGGCCACGCAGCCUCGCCCAGCAACAUCGUCACCAUCACCCACCACAAAUCUCCAGCUGCAGCUCGGCGGGCCAAGAGCCAGUACCCAGGACGGCUGCUGGAGGUCAAAGAGGUGAUGUCCCAAGCGGAGGGCCAACAGAAGAACCUCGUCCAGUCCAUCGACUCUCUACCCACCAAGGGUCCGCUCUCCUGCCUAGAUCAGGACCUGCUGCUGCUCAAAGCCACGUCGGCUGCCACACUCAGCUGCCUGGGCGAGUGCCUGAACAUCCUGCAACAGACUCAGAGCCACAGCCAGGCGCCGCCUCCGUCCCAGGCCUCCCAGCGCAACCACGCCGGCCACGGAGCCCCCUCCGAUGGUGUUCCUGUGUGGACUGUACCAAAGUCGCCCUCAGGGGAGCAGCUGAAGAACGGCGGUCUGACUCCUCUACAAUCAGCCGAGCCCUCCCCGGCCCUCAGGAAAAGGAGUCUGUCCCAUGGUGCUGAGCACCACCCAGGGCUGGAAGACAUCAGCCCGGCUGAGGAGGUGACGGACACGGAGGACAACGAGGAGGAGGACCUGGGCGUCCUGGACGACCAGCGGAGCAUCAUCCUCCACCUGCUCUCUCAGCUCAAGCUGGGCAUGGACCUCACACGGGUGGUGUUGCCUACCUUCAUCCUGGAGAAGCGAUCACUGCUGGAGAUGUACGCCAACUUCAUGGCCCACCCAGACAUGUUCCUGUCGAUCACAGCCGGAGCCACGGCCGAGGACCGAAUAGUUCGCUUUGUGGAGUAUUACCUGACCGCCUUCCAUGAGGGCCGGAAAGGCGCCGUGGCCAAGAAGCCCUACAACCCGGUGCUGGGGGAGACCUUCCACUGCUCCUGGGAGGUUCCUCGGGACAAAGUCAAGCCUCUGGUCAGGUCCAACCAGGGCUCGUCCAGGGAGCCCAGCAGGGGCCCGAACAACGCUCAGCAGGGCGACGACUCGCCGGGGGGCUGCUACAGGGUCCGCUUUGUGGCCGAGCAGGUUUCCCAUCAUCCUCCGGUGUCGGGGUUUUACUGCGAGUGCCGGGAGCGGAGGAUGUGCGUCAACGCCCACGUGUGGACCAAGAGCAAGUUCAUGGGCAUGUCUAUAGGAGUGUCCAUGGUGGGGGAAGGAGUCUUGUGUCUCCUGGAGCACGAUGAGGAGUACGUCUUCACGCUGCCCUGUGCCUACGCCCGCUCCAUCCUCACCGUGCCCUGGGUGGAGCUGGGGGGCAAAGUCUCCAUCAACUGUGUCAAGAGCGGCUACUCGGCCACGGUGACCUUUCACACGAAGCCUUUCUACGGAGGGAAGGUGCACAGAGUGACGGCGGAGGUCAAACACAACCCGACCAACACCAUCGUGUGCAAAGCGCAGGGCGAGUGGAACGGCACCCUGGAGUUCACCUACAGCAGCGGCGAGACCAAAGUGAUCGACACGGCCAAGCUGCCGGUCACCAGGAAGAAGCUGAGGCCCGUGGAGAAGCAGGGCAGGACGGAAUCCAGGCGGUUAUGGCAGCACGUCACCAGGUCGCUGAAGGAGGGAAACAUCGACGAGGCCACGGAGCACAAACACAGACUGGAGGAGUGUCAGAGAGGAGAAGAGAGGAAGAGAUCAGCCGACAACAAACCCUGGACGCCCAAAUACUUCACUAAAGAGGGAGAAGGUUGGAUCUAUAACAACCCGCUGUGGAAGUCGACCUGACAUCAGAGCAGCGCUGUUUUCUCAUGGACGCUAUCGGAGCUCCCCACACCGAGGACGGGGGUCAGACGGACGGAGCAGAGUCCUCCUCAGACCUCUAGACUCACCGAGUGAUGCUACGGAGACACUAACAGGAAACUAGCAAGGUGCCAAAGGGAUCGCCGCCACUGCUUGACCCAAGACCAGGUCUGGGACUCUUGGGCCAGCAGUACAGCAUUUUUAUAUACAGUUAAUAGUAUUACUAUUCAAAGUAGAGUAUUUCUAUUUUUCACCUUGCCAAGGCCUUUUUUUGCACAUGCACAGUAACGACGUCUGCCACCGACUUUGUAUUCUUUUUAACGAUCAGUAUGUUUUCUCGGACAUCGUUAAGGUUUGGUUCUGAGCUUCUAGUCCAGUCACGCAGCGUUAGAAUGGAUCGAGCCUCCCGUCACACGUGAUACUGUAGCGGUUUGUUUAUAAAGCACUUUUACCAUAGAGAUAAACCAACUAUUUUAUAUCUAUGGCUUUUAACAAUCAGGGUGGUCUCUCAGAGCUUUACAGGAAACAAGGUCACCCAGCCAGAUUUAAGACGACGUGUAAAUCCAGAGGUAAACAGACGUACUACAUUAGCGUUACUAUAUCAUAUAUUAUACGGUAUAUUACAGCAAAGCUACUAGAAAGUGAAGGUCCUGAUUGUUUUGUCUGCACUAUGAAUGUAUCUAGGCACAUUUUAAUCGUCACUAUGCUACUUUCCCAUCUCGUACUGUUUGCUACGACACACGCUUACUGUGUUUAUUUUGUAUUUUUUGCCAUGUUGCUCUAUCUACACCUCUGCCUGACAGAAGAUUUCCAUUACUACCUCUCUCAUUUAGCUAUCCGGGCCGUUAUACAUGUUCUCUUCCAAAAGAAAAGGUGUGUUUGUGGCUAAACGCUCCGGAUCAGUUUUGUAUCUGUGCCCCCUAAGAUAACACUUGUGUAAUAAUCAGCCAGCCCGUGGCUCCUGGAGCUAAUACGCAUCUCCAGGUCGCCGGUGGGGAUGAAUAAAGAUGAGGCUGCUUGCAGGAAACACACAACCAUGUUCUCGCAUCUGGGGGUCGCUGGAAGGUUGCUUCUGUGAAGAUGAGAGGAGGAUCUACCAGAAUAACAAUCACGGGGAACUGGAUGGAAGAGGAAGCUUCAUAAUACCGUGUGCUCACAUUAACAUGUUUGAUUAGUGGCCAACGUAAACAGAUUUAAACGGGCACCUCGAGGAUUUUUGUUUAUAAAAAGCAUAAUUAGCAUAAUUCCUACCUGCUUCCUUCAAUUUAAUUCUUAAGUGUGUUGUUGUGUUUUGUACUUUUAGCCAGGUGGAUUUACCAGAUGCCAAUUUGUAGCCUCCACCAUGACGGUCUAUUUACGCUGUUUUACAGUCGCGUAGACCGUCUGUACACGAUGGACGUAGCCACCGAGAUGUGGACAGCUUUAGAUUUGGCAUUUUGCUAACUUUGUGUAUCCAGGUCGCUACACAAGCCAAUAUGGUAGCAAUCUGUCAAUCACAAGGUAGCCCCAUCCAAAACUUUCCCUGCUUUACAGUCUACUGUACUCUAACCUGUACCACAAUUUACAGAAAAAACAUCAUACUGUGUUAAAGGAGACUUCAGACUACCAGCUGACACCAUAAACGGACCUGAACAGUGUUUCCUGAAGUGAAAAACCAGGAGAGAAGAUGGAUCAUUUUCUCUUUAUACAGUCUUUUUCAGGAGUCGCCCCCUGCUGGCUGUGAGAAAGAAUGCAGAUAUAAAUCAGUCUGACUUUUUAAACCCAAAGGCUACGUCCAUCUGUUACAGCGUCUAUGUACAGUACAGGACAGACUGCUUUUCAUUCCUGUUUUACGACACUGGCCUAACAUGAAACUAACAAGCAGCUAUACACUCUCUUAAGGACGUGGACUCACUGAAGUAGAUGGUGAUUGUGGAUAAACAAAGGACUGUAUAUUAAUAAAGACCUUCUACCUUUUUUAAACUAAA